AUGUAUUCUGAAGAAGAAGAUUUUGACUGCCCUUUGUGCAUGGAAGAGUUGGACAUCUCGGACAGGAAUUUCCGUCCUUGUCCCUGUGGUUAUCAGAUCUGUCGCUUCUGUUGGCAUCACAUCAAGGAAGAUCUCAAUGGACGUUGCCCUGCUUGUCGACGAAUCUACUCUGAGGAAACAGUUGAAUUCACACCCAUUUCCGCAGACGAAUUGGCUAUGAUCAAGAAUGAGAAAAAAGCCAAGGAGCGUGAAAAAAAGGAAAUUGAGGCUAUGAACAGAAAACAUCUUGCCAACAUGCGUGUUGUUCAGAAAAGCUUAGUUUACGUCAUAGGCUUGCCCCCGAAGUUGGCAAACGACGAGCAUACGUUGCGACAACACGAGUAUUUUGGUCAGUAUGGCAAGAUCUCAAAAGUGGUGAUUAACCGUAGGAAUGCGCCAGUACCGUCUUCAGGGGCUUCUGCAGGAGUGCCAAGUAUUGGAGUGUAUAUCACCUAUGCACGCAAAGAGGACGCAGCAAAGGCCAUCGCAGCAAUCGAUGGAAGUAUUUGGGAUGGCAAGAUCCUUAGGGCAUCGUAUGGCACAACAAAGUACUGCACGUAUUACCUUCGUGGCAUGACUUGUCAGAAUCCUAAUUGCAUGUACUUGCACGAACCUGGAGAGGAUGCAGACAGUUAUACUAAAGAGGAUCUUGCAGUUGGGUAG